GCGGCGUAGGGUUGGUCGCCAACGGGCUUACUCAUAAGAGAUUCACACGAUUACUGGGUUCUAGAUCACAGAACUGAUUUGUGUACACUCUACCCCUUUCAAUCACUUAGCUUAUAGGCUUAUAGACACCCCCACCCCCAUUCUCCUCUUUCACUGGCCAAUAGGCCCCCACAUGGUGUAAACCGGAAAUACAUCUCGCUGACGAUAGCACCAGCAUAUUAGUAACUAGUUUAGAUGUUCAAUGUAUUUCUAGUUGUUGUUUGUGUAUGUGUUUCUUUUCCUUCUUCUCUUGUAUUUCUUUUCUUCUGUCCCCCCAUAAACCCUUCCUGUUCGCUGCUUUGUCAUAAUAAAAAGGUAUUUUGAAUGAUCACAAUGGGAGUAUGUCAGACUCUCAAUGUGAAACAUUAAAACUGUUCAGAAUCAGGGCACUUAGACUUCCAUUCUCUGUGUCAAACAGCUGAACAGGACAGGUUUAAAAAAAAAAAAAAAAAUGUGAUUGGGAACUUUAAAUUAUGUCAUAAUACAUUUGGCUUCCUGCUACCCCUACAAACAUUUUUAGACACAGUAAACAGACUGGUCUUUCCUCAUAUCCCACUGCAUUAAAACUCAAAGCCAAACGCAACACACGCUUUGCCGUAUUUCCUCGUCUUAGCUCUUCAUACCUCCAGUGCUCUUUGCUUUGUGCUCAUGUUUGGUUUAAAAACACUGCGCACACUCGGUUUAGGGUUAAGGUUACAUAGGGUUUCGGGCUUGAUGGCAUCAGGAGGGAGGUUUCUAAGCACCGCACACAACAGACACGCAUGCACCCCUCGAAACCUUCACUGCCGUCACGGCACCAACGUAACCAGUCUCCCUGGAGCAGCAUUACAUGGCACAUCUAGCACGGCAGGCUAGCGCGCUGACCACUAAGCCAAAAGCCCAAGUGAGCAGCUUUAGCCGCCCACGCACAUUCUUGAAGGCAUCGGGAGGGAGGUUUCUCGCGGAGACGAGUCCUGACCUGGAUGAGGAAGACAGAUGUGUCAGCUCCUUGCAGACCAGUUACACCAUUACACUUCAUGUCAUCCUCAUGAGAAAAUUGUUUGUCAACGAAAUAUUUUUGUUAUUUUCAUUGUUGAAAACAACUAUGGUUUUAAGUUUUUCUCCCGCCCCCAAUCUUUAAAAAGAGACCAACUGGGCACAAAGCCACUCAAUCUGAAAAAAUGGUGGCAAUAAUGCACAUAUAUGGUGUUGUGGGUGUCACUGAAGUUUACACCCAGCGUGCCCUGUCUAGGAGGAUUAGGAAGACAAGUUGUCACACAGACGGGAGGAGAAAUGGUAACAACAAGGCCGCAUCCCCGAUCGACGGUCAUCUCACUCAUGUGUUUAAAAGGUGGAAGGAUGCCUCUGGACACCGAGCAUAAGGAGCUGCUGUUGAAAACGCUGAUGGAGCUGGGGGAGGACGACCGUCAGUCCUUCAACAGAUUUAAGUUAUGUGUGGAAGGAUGCCUCUGGACACCGAGCGUAAGGAGCUGCUAUUGGAAACGCUGUGGAUGCCUCUAGUGCUCAGUUAAGAUACCUCAUCCACGGUCACCUCCCUCACGCGUAUGUAAGUAAGAAGGAUGGCUCUGGACAGCGGAAGGAAGGAGCUGCUGUGGAACACGCUGAGGGAGCUGGGGGAGGACGACUUCGAGUCCGUCAGGUUCCACACGGACCUGCCUCAAAGCGUACGCGAAAACCCUCGCCGGGCGUACAUUGCUGACGAGCUGAUGAAGAAGCACGGCGAGAACACUCUGGAGCAGACCAUCACGCUUCUGGAGAAGAUCGGUAACAACAAUUUGGCCGAGAAGCUGCGCAGCGACAUGGUGAAAAUAAAAGGCGCAGACUUCUCCGUCCACAAUGACAAUCAGAUAGCCAGAUUGAAGAGGGAGCUCCAAGACAACCUGCGGCGUUUAUACAGGUUUGCUUCUGAGGGCAACACCGAGCGCUGGCAGCAGCAGCAGCCCCUGGAGGACGUCUACAUGCAGCUAGACAUCACCUACGGGGCAGACGUCAGCCCAGACGGGCGGCAUGAGGUCCUCCAGAUGGAAACGUGUGACGCCGCGGCCAAGCGGUCUAUCCUGCCGUGCGACAUCUUCAAAAGCCCUGACAGGAACCGGCGACCGAUACGCACGAUGCUCACCGUUGGCUUCGCAGGAAUAGGAAAAACCUUCCUGAUUCAAAAGUUUGUCUGGGACUGGGCCAGCGGUAAUACUAACCAGGACGUGGACUUCAUAUUUCCUUUCACCUUCCGCGAGUUAAACAUGGAGAAAGGGGAGAGCUUUAUGUUGGCCGAGCUGAUCGGCGGAGACAGUCACAUGCGCGAGAGACUGAACGAGAUAUUUAUCUAUCUGCAAACUUCUGGGAAGCAGGACUUUGAAAGCAGCGGGAUCAAGAUCUUGUUUAUCCUCGACGGACUGGACGAGUGCAACUUCAAAAUCGACUUGAAGAAAGCGAGGAAAGUGAACAAGAACGUGAAGGAAAGCUACCCGCUAGAAGUACUGCUGGCGUAUCUCAUCAAAGGGAACCUGCUUCCGUGCGCCAGGGUUUGGAUCACCACGCGGCCCGCGGCAGCCUGCGAUAUCCCUGCCGACCUCAUCGACAGCAGAACAGAGGUGGGAGGAUUCAGCGAUUCCCGGAGGCUGGAGUACUUCAGGCAAAGGUUCCCAAAUGAGGAACGCGUCACUGAGCACAUUCGGAAAUCUCGCACCAUCUUCAUCAUGUGCCAUAUUCCCAUCUUCUGCUGGCUCACCGCCACAGUUCUUCAGGUUCAUUUGGACAAAGGGAAGGCGGGAGAGCUUCCAACAACGCUGACUGACAUGUACUCGGCAUUUAUUGGUCACCACCUGGAAAACUCCAAGGAGAGAAAUACAGCGGAGUACAUCCCUGACGUGAAAGCGCUCGCCAAGCUGGCCUUUGACCACACCAUGAAUCAGCGUCAGAUCUUCUACGAGAAAGACCUGGAGGACAGCUGCUUUGAUUACAGCCAAGCAGCAAAACACUGCGGUUUAUUCACAGAGGUCUUUAAGGAGGUCCAUCCGCUCAAAAGGAAGAAACAAAAGAUGUUUCAGUUUAUCCACCUGACCAUCCAGGAGUAUCUGGCCGCACUGUACGUAAAGAUGUGUUUCUUCCACGACAACAAGAACGUACUGGAUACAUCAAGAUGGAAAAAAUUUUUCAUGCCUGUUAAGCGGAAGACAAUCACUGAGGUCCACAAGUCAGCUCUCCAGAGAGCCUCGGAAAGUGAAGGAAACCUGGAUAUGUUCCUCCGCUUCCUCGUUGGCCUUUCAUUGCAGUCCAACCAGGAAAUAGUGGGGGCACUGCUGAAGGUUCCUCAUGACUGGGAGCAAAGCAAGUCAAAGACAGUCAAGUUGAUACAGAAAAGGAUCAAACGAAACACUCCAGAAAAGAACGUCAACUUGUUCUACUGUCUAAACGAGCUGAAAGACAACUCCUUACUGAAGCAGAUCCAGCAUCAACUAGUUUCAGGACGUUUGUCCUGGCGUAAAAUGUCGAAUGACAUGUGGUCAGCCCUGGCCUUCUUCUUACUUACAGAUGACGAAACCAUGAAGUCCUUUGAUCUUCGCCGCUACUCCACAUCGCCUUUGGGACUCAAGAAGCUUCUGUUGGUGGUCAAGGCUUCUCAAAAAUCAGAUCUAAGUGAAUGUCGCCUGGACAAAGGCAGCUGUCACCUGCUGGCUUCCGUUCUCAGUUCUCCAUCCAACCUGAGGCAUCUGGACCUGGGCAAUCACAAACGGUCGGCCCCGCGCUGCCAAAACAAUGUUUCGGACGAGGGGGUGGAGAUCCUCUCAAAAGGACUGGCCAGCCCACACUGCAACUUAGAAGUCCUCAACCUGUCAGAGUGCAAGAUCACAAAGCGAGGAUGUGUUUCAUUGGCUGAGGCUCUCAAGGUAACCCCCUCCCAUCUUCAAGAGCUGGACCUAAGGUGGAACAAUCUGUCGGAUGAAGGGGUUGAGAUCCUCUCGAAAGGACUGGCCAGCCCACACUGCAUCUUACAAAUCCUCAAGCUGUCAUGGUGCAGCAUCACGAAGAAAGGAUGUGUUUCAUUGGCUGAGGCACUGAAGGUAACCCCCUCCCAUCUUCAAGAGCUGUACCUGAGUGAGAACCAUGUGUCAAAUGAUGGGGUUGAGAUCCUCUCGAAAGGACUGGUCAGCCCAAACUGCAUCUUAAAAGUCCUCAAGCUGGAAGAGUGCAAGAUCACACAGCAAGGAUGUGUUUCAUUGGCUGAGGCACUGAAGGUAACCCCCUCCCAUCUUCAAGAGCUGGACCUUAUCGGGAAUAAUCUGUCGGAUGAAGGGGUUGAGAUCCUCUCGAAAGGACUGGCCAGCCCACACUGCAUCUUAAAAAUCCUCAAGCUGUCAUGGUGCAGCAUCACGAAGAAAGGAUGUGUUUCAUUGGCUGAGGCACUGAAGGUAACCUCCUCACAUCUUCAAGAGCUGGACCUGACCGGGAACAAUCUGUCGGAUGAAGGGGUCGAGAUCCUCUCGAAAGGACUGGCCAGCCCACACUGUAUCAUAAAAGUCCUAAAUCUGGUAAACUGCAACAUCACCAGUAAAGGAUGUGUUUCAUUGGCUGAGGCACUGAAGGUAAACCCCUCCCAUCUUCAAGAGCUGGACCUGAGCUGGAACGAUCUGUUGGAUGAAGGGGUUGAGAUCCUCUCGAAAGGACUGGCCAGCCCAAACUGCAUCUUAAAAGUCCUCAAUCUGGAACACUGCAAGAUCACCAGUAAAGGAUGUGUUUCAUUGGCUGAGGCACUGAAGGUAACCCCCUCCCAUCUUCAAGAGCUGGACCUGACCAAGAACAAUCUGUCGGAUGAAGGGGUUGAGAUCCUCUCGAAAGGACUGGCCAGCCCACUCUGCAUCUUAAAAGUCCUCAAUCUGAAAACCUGCAAGAUCACCAGUAAAGGAUGUGUUUCAUUGGCCGAGGCUCUCAAGUUAAACCCAUCCCAUCUUCAAGAGUUGAAUCUAGGGGCAAAUCGAAUAGAGAAAGAAGGAAAGAGGGUCUUAUUGGAGAUCAAGGAGGAUCCCAGCUAUAGCCUGAAGACUGUCAGGUUUAUCUAAGAAGAACGUUUGGUCCUUGGCGUCAAGAAGGGCGAGUCGUUCCAAAUGUUCAUUUUUAGAAGACGUCGAGUCCAUUAGGUCUCCUUCAGAUUUAGUUCGGUCUCAUGUACUCUCCGACGAUCGCAAGAGGACCGGGUGUCGGCGCUACGGGCAAAGCGGCCUCGCUCACAGAUUUCGGGGAGGUCGUCGUCGGGUUCUUUGCAGCCACAUGGAGGUGGAGUUCAAGGGGAAGGUCUACUCUACGACGUUCCCACCAAACUGCUGGCAGUUGUAUUCAUCCAUUUAUUUGUACUGGAAGGGGCUGUCCAAAUGGAUUGGACUCUAGAGCAUCAUCAAUGGCAGCCAGUGAGUUCAAUAAGUACCCUUUAAAGGGUUAACUUAUGUUUUUCACAAAUUUAAAAGAAAAUGUGAUACGUACACCUAAAAUAGUUUUGCUCAUUUUGACAUCUGUUUUAAAUUUGAUCAUUUUCACUUUUUUGUGCAAUAUGUUGUUGUGUAUGAGAACAUUAAAACCCUAACUUGAAAUAAACGUUUUUAAAAAUCAUCUAAAAAUUCAAAAUGAACUUGAAUCAAUACACUGGAAACGUUUCAUUUUGUUGACUUGAUUGAAAUGCAGGAAAGUCAGGAGGUCGAGUCUCCAAUACAAUGAGAAGAAUUACAAUGCCAAGUAACACGACUCUGAUUAUAUGUUUUUUUAAAAAGAAAUGAAAAGCAGUAUAUGAGUUCUUUUAACCAAAUAUGUUUUACUUGAGUGCAUGUAAUGGAUGACCCCUUUUUCUUUAACUUGAGUCAUAUUAUUUGGAAGUAAUGCUCAUUCUUGAGUACAAUUUUCGGCUUCUCUACCCAACUUUGGAAAAAUAACAAACGACUGGUGUAUGCCAAAGUAGCAAGAGUAGCAUAUUUUCUUCACACAUCUAUUCAAGUGAAAUGUUUGGUGUGGUGAAACUACUGUUAAAAGUACUUUUCUUUUCUCCAAAAGUCAAUAUCCCGGAAAAAAAAAAAUAUGCCUCACUACCCGCCUCAUUGACGCCGCCGGAUGAGCCCUUUCAGUGCAAAGGGUUGGGUCUCCUCUAAUGUCCCGACAGCAUGGAUAGGAAAAGAAAACAUCUGUUCAAAUUUUCAAAAUAUUUGUUUGUCAAUGGCGGCAAAUGCGUUCACAGAGACAUUAAUAGAGUGGAAAAAACUGGUAGCAACCUGUUGGUUUCUUUAUUAUUAUUAUUGUUAAUUAAUUAAAAAAUAUAUGCAAAUAACAACAACAAAAAAAGCAAAUCCAAAAAUAAUUGCAUAUAAGAAAACGCAACAACAGAUCUCAAAAAUUAUAAAUUCAUUCACUCCCAAAGAUGUGUUUUAUAGAACACUUAGGUUCGCGUUCAAAAGUGUAUCAAAAAAAUACUGGCUGUUUUUCAACUGCUCAUAACUAAAGAAUGGUAAAGAGUAGGAAAAAAUGAUUUUCAUGAUUCAAGAUUGCAAUCCAAUUGUUCUCUUUUGGGGUUUGUGUAGCCAUCAAUCACAAUAUUCUGUGGCGCUUGACAGAUCAGUUAAAAUCAAUGUAAAUGAACAAAAGGAAAUGGCUUCUAAAAAAUGGAUUGGAGUGAAUUUUUGUCCACAAACUGAGUAGGAGUUUUUGUCCAGUGUCUCCCAGUUAAUAUGCAUUGGACUUCUAGCGCCAUCACUGGCAGCCAAUGAGUUCAAUUUAGGGAGGGAAUCACAAUUCAUGUCUAAAAGGGUAAAUAUUUUUUAACAAGAAAACUGUCAUUUAUUUAAAAUAUCAGCUAAAUGGGUCAAUUUCAUGUACAGGCAUGAAAAUGGGAGAAGGGUAAAAAAGGUGUGAAGGGUGUGGAAGAAAUAUGUUCCGAUACACCGUACAACUAAGUCCGUCCCAAACGACUAAUUUUCUCCCGAUUAGUCAACCAACUAUUUUUACGUUACGAGUAGUCGACUAAUCUGAUAAUCCCCCCCCCCCCCCCCCUUUUUUUUUUUUUUUUCUAAUUUAGCAAUGAAAUUGUUGAUGGCACUUAUUCAUUCAAAAAAACAUUUUGGAACACCUAAAUUCUUUAUUAAAGUACAAAUAAACACGUAAAUAACAAUAAAUCGCAAAUAAAUAAUAAGGUCAAAUGCUCAUAGCAUUAACUAGUGAAAAAGAAAGGAAUGUAAACGGAUUCAGAACACUGACUUCGCCUUUCCAGCAUGAUUGAAAACAACUUAAAAAAAAAAAAAAAAAAACUAGCAUUAAUAUAUAUAUACUACAACAUAUAAUAUUAGUAUAAUAAUUAUUCAUUGCCAAUUAGAUUUUUCAUAAAGGGUGUCAUUUUAAAGCUACUCUUAUUGUAGGAUUUGAAUUCUGAAGUAUGUGGGAUUAACUCCAGAAACCAUUAUUUAUAUGACGUGCUUUUAUUUUGAAAUGUUCACUAGAAGUACGUUCGCUAAACCGCUAAUUGGAAGCUUUGCACUCCGCAAAAAAAGCUCUUUUUGUCAUUGCAUGUGGUGUCAGUAAUCCUUUUUUUUUUUUCAUUUCUUUCAUUUGCAAAUGCUGUUAAGCAGCGACUUUUCAUGUUUGAAGUUUCACCUUUUAACCGCAAGUUUGCGUUUUGGAGAAGACUGCCAAUGUUUUAUAGCAGGCUAAAGUAGGUUGUCUUUUUCCCCAUCAGCCUUAAUGUAGCAAUGCUAACAUUUACAGUGUUUGAUAUAGAUGUGUUUCCUUAUUUUGUACUGUAUAUCUGAACUUUAAC